AUGGUGCAUGAGGUUGAUCGUACUCCAGCCAUAUUUGAUGUCUUGGAGUUUUCGGAGAGUUACCUGCUCAUGUAUAUUGCCCUCCAAAACUGCAUCAGAGAAACUACGGAGGAGAAACAGGAAAUUGUGAUGCCGGUUCCUGUCAUAUCAAAGGACGCCCCGUCGGAACCGAAAGCCUUCUAUGUUGAAAGUGCGGAAGUCUGCGGCAUUUGUAAGCGUCACUUCGGAACACUUAAGGGAUGGCGCAUUCAUGCAGCAAAGAUGCACAGAAAAGUGAAACAGGCAGCAGUAGAAAUGUAUAUUCUCGAAUGGUGUCCGAGAGCGCGCAAAUCGAUUAUGAGUGAUAGAAGAAAGGGUCAAGCGCGGCCAAUUAGAUAUGACUGGCAAGCAGGAAAUGAUUUGUCAUCUCUACGUAUCAGAUUUUUUACUUCAGAAAAUGAGCAUGGGAAACGGGGAAGAACAAUUUUUGUUGACAAGUGGAAGAAAAAUGCGGUACAAAGUUUGGAAAAAGUUGCAAAUAUCGCAGCUCUCGAAGAAAUUAUUGUUCGCGAGAGUAUUCAGAAUGGAGGAUUGGAUCAAGAAAUCAUUGCAGUUGUGAAGGAGUGUGAUCUUCGAAAAAAGUUUGACAGUUUGACAAAAUUGAUAAAGUGUUUGCAAAAGGAGGUAAGGCGUGUUGAUGGAAUGGAAGUGUUGAGUAGUAUUCGUGAUGUUGACGGAAUAUUCGCAAAAGAGAACGUUACUGAACUGGCUAUGUGGCGAUCGUUAGCGACAAUUGAUGAAGUCAAAAACGGUGCAAAUACUACUCACAAUGGUCUCCAAACCCCACUAAAACUGCAGUAA